AUUAUAUGUUAAAUUGAACUAUACGGCAAUUGAAAUAAUGUAAAAUAGCUAUGUAAGGAAUAUGUAUUUCAUGGGUAGACUGUAUUAAAAUAUUCACUCACAAGCAUUUAUAGUGUUCAAAAACUAAUAUAUAACAAUACACAUGUAACACAUUCGGAUAUGUAUAUAAGUGUCGAACAAAACUUCCGGGUAUCAUAUUAAAUUAGUGUAAUAGAUACUAUCCUUAAUUCAGAAAAAACACAAAGGCAUUGAUCGAAUUACUCUAGUUUCGCAACUAUACAUUUAAUAAAAUCGGCGUAAACUUUAACUGUAUACUGAAUUCUCAUAUCGAAGUGAACUAUGACAAGCAGAUUAUCAGGAUGCUCGACGUCUUCUGUUUGUUUUAUAAUAGGUGGUGCCGUUCUACUUUUAGGAUUUAUAGUUCAUGUUGUAGGAUUUUCAAUAGCAAGAUGGGCUAUAUUUUAUGGUACUAACAAUACUGGUAACAACCACAAUUUUGGAUUAUGGAAGCGGUGUAUAUGUGCGCCACUCAAUGAGAGGGACGUGUGUACAUGUGUAUCCAGAAGUGGUGAUCCAGCAUGGUUCAAAGUCGUCCAGGUGAUGGAAACGCUUGGGUUGAUAGGACUGAUUUGUUCUUGGAUUAUUUCGUUGGUUAUUGUGUGUUACAGGCAAACAAAGAGGAUAGCAAUAGCCAACAUAGUCCUCAUUGUCUGUUCAGGUGUUUGCAUCCUUAUCGGAUUGGUAAUAUUUGGAGUUAAGAACAACAAAGAUUUCGAAGAUAUGUUUAGUAUAGCCGAAGACAAGACGCUUGGUGUUUCUUUUUUCCUGUGUGGUCUGGCUGCUUCAAUUUGUUUCUGUGAUCUGCCUCUCUUUCUGAUAGGCUUAAGAACACUCGUACCACUAGCCAACCAGCAAACGUGUCAAGAAUCAAACGAAAGUCAAACACAAACGAAUUACAACGUAGAAUGUCAUUCACAAAUUUAUCACCAAUCCGCAAACAUGCAUGAGCAUAUUGGAAGGCCAAUGGCGUACAUAAACGGGCAACACGAAACGCAUAGGCAUAUUAGAAGGUCACCGCCGUACAUAAAUGGGCAACACGAAACGCAUGAGCAUAUUGGCAGACCGCUGCCGUACAUAAAUGGGCAACACGAAACGCAUGAGCAUUUAGGAAGGCCACCGCCGUACAUAAAUGAGCACGAAAUGCCCCCGAGAUACACAGAUGUGCAACACGAAACGCCAUCGGCAAACACAUAUUGGCAACACGAAACGCCACUGGCAUAUACUUAUGGACAACACGAAACGCCCCCGGCAUACACAGAUGUGCAACACGAAACGCUAUCGGCAAACACAUAUAGGCAACACGAAACGCCACCGGCAUAUACUUAUGGACAACACGAAACUCCCCCGACAUACACAGAUGUGCAACAGGAAACGCCACCGGCAAACACAUAUGAGCAAUACGAAAUACCACCGGCAUACAUAAAUGGGCAACACGAAGCGCCCCCGGCAUACACAGAUGUGCAUCACGAAACGCCACAGGCAAACACAUAUGGGCAACACGAAACGCCACCGGCAUAUACUAAUGGGCAACACCAAACGCCCCCGACAUACACAGUCGUGCAACACGAAACGCCAUCGGCAAACACAUAUGGGCAACACGAAACGCCACCGGCAUAUACUUAUGGACAACACGAAACGCCACAGGAAUACACAUAUGGACAACACGAAACUCCACCAGCAUACACAUCGUGAAUAACACAAAGCAUUACCGGCUUACAACAAUGAACAAAAUACUGCUAACAGCCUACAUAGCACAAGAAUCAUCAGAACCAGAUCAGACACAGUCUACACAAAAGACGAACGGAAUACCUUGCAAAAUUUAGAUAAUUCACGGUAUACCCUCGGCAGCUUAACUAUAAAUCAAACAUGCAAGGAAUUAAAUACGUGUAUUAUAUGUAAAUCCGGACGAAUACAAUAGAACAUAUAUGCCGUAACAUAAUACUCAGUAUUUAGUAAAUUAUAAUAGGCCUAAUAAUAAUACAUGUACAGGAUUUCAGAUCACGAUAUAUAUGGAACAUAUAUUUAGACUCUCGUCCGUUCAUUGGCGUCCUUGGUGAAUAUUUUUUCAUCGUGGCUUCGAUCCAUGACCAUUAUGCUAUUGUAACAUCAUUGUGUUGUAGUAGCAUCUCUCCUUCACCAUCGUGUAAUUGCUGUCGUAACAUCGCCUUCCUGCCUGAAUAUGUUAAAUACCACAUUUAAAGUGCGAUGAGCUUGGGUACAAAAACAAAUCAUUCAGUUUAUCAUAAAGAAAGAGAACUACAAUUUUAUUUGGUUUUUAAGGUUACGGAUUGGCACUUGAGAUAACUCGGUUGAAAAUCAGCCCAAUAUAUACGUGAUGACAGUGUCCACUGUAUCGAUAAGGAGAAGUAAAACUGUAUCGUAGUUUCUUUACAUGUAUCUGACUAAAAACAUAAAAAACAGAAGAGCGUUUAAUAGCAUUGAUAUUACUAUUGAAAUAAUACCCUAUUUGUACGUACAGUUGGUCAAGAUUACAAAUAACAGCUACAGAACAGCAAAUUCUACUGCAAGGGUGUAUCAUGUUCUAAAAUAUAAAUUAAAAUGAGGUAAAGACAAUUUCAUAGGUAAUGAACAAGUCACAUUGUGACUGGUCAUCUGACGCUGUUUACAUGACCAGACAAUAAAUUCCCUCUUGCAGCAUUGAUUUCCUCCAUCAAACAGUGUGUUAGCUAGUUUACAAAGAAAUGUUGCAAAUACCGAAAGAAUUAAAGAAACCCAGGAAGCGCCAAUCCGAUGAUAUCAGUCAAAAACAAUACACUAGAUGAACAUAUAUCUGUUGUAGUAUUUUUUUUUAUUUUUUUUUUUUUAAUCUGCACCUUUUGCGCCUCACCAUGACCUUGUACAGUCACAUUGUACGACAAUGCUCCAGAGAGGGUUAUGUACAAAAACGGAAGAAGAAGAAGAAGAAGCUUUAACCCUAAUUCUUGCAUAAAAACUACUUUUUUCACUGGAUCCGCCCAUGUAUAAACGGGAGAAAAAUCGUGUGCAAACAAGGCAAUUCACGUGCUGUUAAUACAUGAUUUUUAUUUUUGAAAUGCUUUGCCAGGGGCGUAUGUAUGUAUUUCUGCGCAGACUGAUAUUUGGCAUCUGCAUCUUGUUUCUUCCAUAAUAACCUCUUCUUGUAGCAUUAUAGAUACAAUGCAAUCCAUAGUAUGUUUAGCUGUAUCAGUUUCCAACCCCAAACGUACUGCCCCCAUCAAUGUACGCACUAGCUUCUCUUAGAGUUUACUCCCUUUACAAAGCGUCUGUUCAGUUAUUGUAAAUAACUGUGAAUAAAUAAGUAUCGCGUGUAACUUGUGCUAUUGCCCGUUUUUAGGUAUUAUAUUAAUGAUUUUUGUUAGUAUCAGUCGGUUUGUUUUUACCUGAUUGUUCGCAGAAUUCAUAUAAUAAACCUCGAAAGCUAGUCACUAGCUUCGUACUCAUCCGUACUCUGUUUGUUCGUACUCAAAAUAAUUCGAAUGUAAAGUUGUUACUCUUAAAAUAAUUGUGUUCCUGUUUAUCAAAUUUUUAAGUUAUAUGCAAAAUUAUGUAUAAUGUAACGUUUGUAGUAACUAAAAAUAAAAAUAAGAUGCUCAAAAACCUUCAAAUCACGCUUUUAGUAGUGUUGUUGUUAUGUGUGCCCCGGUUAUGGAUAUUUAAAACAUGUUUACCGUUUCCAAGAACAACAAGAAUGGUAAAUAAAAAAUGUACCGGAAUCGUCAAGUCAUCACAUAUGAAAACAAGAACAACAAGAAUGGUAAAUAAAAAAUGUACCGGAAUCGUCAACUCAUCACAUAUGAAAACAAUGCAUUUAGUCGUCGUGUAAUGUUUUUUAUGCAAGAAUAGCGACAAUACACGUUUGUUUUGUGUAUUAACGCCUGCAGAAGCCCUUGGGAUAUGUUUGUGACCUCGACCUUCGGUCUCGGUCACAAACAAUCCCGCGGGCUUCUGCAGACGUUAAUACACAAAAAAACGUGUAUUA